UGGCGCCGCGGUUGGUGAGCCUAGAGGUCAGUCAGACUGAGAGGCAGGGUCAAAUAGGGAGAAAUGGCGGCCGAGCCAGACUGUGGGUGAGUGAGUUUGGGAGGAGUGAAGGUGUGAAGCAGCUGGUGACCGCGGUCAGCCAUGACGCAACUCCCAAAGGGGUGGGAAGUUGACUUAAGGCUCCGGCCGUACUUCGAAUAGGAAUGUCAGACUGCCACAUCCUCCCACCCCGAUGAGAGGCCCAUCUUUGGAACAAGAUUUGGGAAGUACAGUCUAGCCUCAAGCCUCAACUUAGUUGGAGUUUUGAGAGACUGAGAGCCUUCUAGACAGCAGCCUCGCAGAGAAAGUAUUUUUGCCUUGGCAUCUAGAGAUCUCCCACCUCCCCCAUGGCCCUGACAAUGCUGAAUGAGUUCCUGAUUGAAGACCCAAGCCCACCUAUGCUGCUGUAUCAGGUUAGCAAGACUGCCCAGUUAGAUACCCUCAACUAUCAGAGCUGCUUGAUGCAGAGUGUUUUUGCCCAUUUCCCUGAAAUCUUAUUUAUCCACCGGACCUAUAACCCAAGAGGCAAGGUGUUAUAUACCUUCCUGGUGGAUGGACCUCGGGUACAGCUGGAGGGUCAUCUGGCCCGAGCAGUCUACUUUGCCAUUCCUGCCAAGGAGGAUCCUGAAGGCCUGGCCCAGAUGUUCCAGGUGUUCAAGAAGUUUAACCCAGCAUGGGAGAGAGUCUGUACCAUCCUAGUGGAUCCCCACUUCCUCCCCCUGCCCACCCUAGCUAUGGAAUUCCCUGCAGCCGAGGUCCUGCUCUCAGCAUUUCACAUCUGUAAGUUCCUCCAGGGCAAGUUCUACCAGCUGUCCCUUCAACAGCCUGUAGAGAGGGUGCUCCUGACCUCCCUGCAGAGCACAAUGUGCUGUGCCACAGCUGGCAAUCUGAGGAAGUUAUAUACACUCCUAAGCAACUGCAUCCCGCCAGCUCAGCUGCCUGAGCUUCACUCACACUGGCUGCUCAAUGACCGAAUCUGGCUGGCUCACCGCUGGAGAAGCCGAGCUGAGAGUAGCCGCUACUUCCAAGGCCUGGAGGUCACCACCCGCAUCCUCAGCCAGUUCUUUGGCACUACCCACUCCAUGGAACAAGGCAUGGCCUCUCUGCUCCGAUAUAUGCAGCAGAACUCUGGAGACAAGGCAAGCUUCAGCCUGGACCUGAGUCGCCAAGACAGUCAUGCCUCCUCAGAUGUCAGCCCCAAAAGCCCCAAAGUGGAACAGCUGGUAGAAGCCCACAUCCAGCAGUCUCUCAAUGCUAUCUGCACAGGGCCAGCAGCCCAACUCUGCCUGGGUGAGCUUGCCGUCGUCCAGAAAUCCGUGCACCUCAUUAGCUAUGGCUCAGAAAAGGUGAACAUACAGAUCCUGGAGGACGCCCACAGGGUGCAGCUCCAGCCCCCUGUCAGCUGCAGCUGCUCCUUUCACCAGGUCUUCCGUCUGCCUUGCCGCCACAUCCUAGCCAUGCUCAGUGCCCACCACCAGGUGCUCCAGCCUGACAUGCUGCCAGCUCAGUGGACAGCAGGCUGUGCUGCCAGUCUAGAUGACAUCCUGGGGAGCAGGUGGAGUGAGACCCUGGAUAAGCGCUUGGCAGUGGCUCUCCUCACAGAGGAGGUGGGUCAGCUCUUGCAGCACUGCAGCCAGGAGGAGUUUGAGCGGCGGUACAGCACCUUGCGGGAACUGGCCGACGGCUGGAUCGGCCCUUAUGAGCAGGUCCAGCUCUGAUUACCCUCAGUGUCCAGAGUUGCUCAUACACACUCACAUCCAUCCCUACUCACACCCCCACACCCACGUCGUUGUACGUCCAUGGGCCCUCCUUCCAGUAAAGGACAAGGGUCUUCUAUUCUCUUGCAGCCCCCUACCUAAAAUGUGUCCGUUUCCCUAAGACAGGAGUCAGAUCUUUAUCGUAAAAAACCCAAUAGUAAAUAUUUUAGGCUUUACUGGC